CAGUCGUCACCGUGUUGUUGCGGAAGUGCUGGUAAUUCUCUGCUUCUCUGACAGUUGCAUUCAUCCUUCAAAGCAGAUAUUCCUUACUGCUUUUAUGUUUGUAGCGCCAUCGUUUACGUGAAAAAACGACAGCAAUGGCUGCUCUGAAAUACGCAGGUAUGGACGAUACUGAUAGUGAGGAUGAAUUACCUCCCGGAUGGGAAGAGAGAUCUACGAAAGAUGGUUGGGUCUACUAUGCAAACCAUGAUGAGAUGAAGACACAGUGGGAACACCCCAAGACGGGGAAGAAAAAACGUUGUGCUGGAGACUUACCGUAUGGAUGGGAGCAAGAAACUGAUGAAAAAGGACAGAUCAUUUAUGUUGAUCACAUUAACAAGCGGACCACAUAUUUUGACCCGCGGCAGGCAUUUACAGUAGAGGAUGUAGUGGUGAAGCCAAAACGGUAUGAUGGAAAUACUGCUGCACUUGAGAUCCUGCAGGGUCGUGACCUCUCUGAUAAGGUUGUCCUCAUUACUGGAGGCAACUCUGGAAUUGGCUUUGAAACAGCCAGGUCUUUUGCUCUGCAUGGUGCCCAUGUGAUCCUGGCAUGUCGAAACCUGUCGCGGGCCAGCAAAGCAGUUAGUGCCAUCCAGCAGGAGUGGCACAAAGCAAGAGUAGAAGCCAUGAUGUGCGACCUGGCCUCUCUCCGAAGUGUCAGGGAGUUUGCUGAUUCUUUCAAGGCCACAAAACUGCCCCUGCACAUUCUGGUGUGCAAUGCAGCGGUGUGCACUCAGCCAUGGAGCUUGACGGAGGACGGGUUGGAGUCCACCUUCCAGAUCUGCCACCUAGGUCACUUCCUGCUUGUCCAGUGCCUUCAGGAUGUGCUGCGUCGAUCGGCCCCUGCCCGUGUUGUGGUGGUAUCCUCUGAGUCCCACAGGUUCACAGACCUGUUAGACUCGUGUGGCAAGGUGGACGCGGCCCUGCUGUCUCCUGCAAAGAAGGACUACUGGUCCAUGCUGGCUUACAAUCGGGCCAAGCUCUGUAACAUCCUCUUCAGUAACGAGCUCCAUCGUCGUCUCUCUCCUCACGGUGUCACCUCCAACGCAGUGCAUCCUGGGAACAUGAUGUACACCUCCAUUCACCGGAGCUGGUGGCUGAUGACCUUUCUUUUCACACUGGCCAGACCUUUCACCAAGUCUAUGCAACAAGGGGCAGCCACCACGGUGUACUGCGCCGUGGCUCCGGAGCUGGAGGGGUUAGGCGGCAUGUACUUCAACAACUGCUUCCGCUGCCUGCCGUCCAUCCAGGCUCAGGACCAGAGCAGCGCUGCCAGCCUGUGGGAGCUGAGCGAGCGGCUGGUUGCCGAGAGGUCUGCAGGCAUACAGGCCCUCUGA